UAAACCCUAAACUCUCACUCCGGAAUUCUUUUCGUUUCUUCGGCCUCAUGGUGAGGACAAAGCUGACUGCUCGCAAGUCAACCGGCGCGAAGGCUCCGCCCAUGCACCUGGCGACCAAUGCGGCGAGGAAGUUUGCUCCGGCGAUCGGCGGCGUCAAGAAGCCCCACUGCUUCCGUUCCGGAACAGUGGCUCUCAGAGAGAUCAGGAAAUACCAGAGGAGCACCACGGAGCUGCUCAUCCGCAGGCUUCCAUUUCAGAGGUUGGUGCUUGAAAUCGCCCAGGACUUCAAUACUGAUCUCCGUUUCCAGAGCUCUUCUGUCGUUGCUCUCCAGGAGGCUUCUGAAGCAUACUUGGUCGGGAUUUUUGAGGAUGCUAAUAUCUGCGCCAUUCACGGCAAGAGGGUUACGAUUAUGCCGAAGGACGUUCAACUCGCUCGCAGGAUCCGCGGUGCCUUAGCUUUUUUUAGUUGGGAGUUUAUCUAUCGGCCCAAAAUUUUAUUUCGAUUUUACAUUAACAAAUGUUCCUCAUUUCUCCAUGCGCCUCCUUCGAUGGCUGUCCCCAACCUGGAGCUCGUUUUCACUGAGACUCACCUUGACAUUGUUAUAUCUACGAACUGUUUCGCCACCCGCGUCACCCCAUCCUUACAAAUACCCAUAUCAUGCUUGUCUCCAAUCUCAUCCACCUCUACUUGCUCUACAACAAAACCUAACCCUAAAUUCUUACUCCUGAACUCUUCUCCUUUCUUCAUCUUCAUGGCGAGGACAAAGCAAACUGCUCGCAAGUCAACCGGCGGCAAGGCUCCGCGCAAGCAACUGGCGACCAAGGCCGCAAGAAAGUCUGCUCCGGCCACCGGCGGCGUCAAGAAGCCACACCGCUUCCGUCCCGGAACAGUGGCUCUCAGAGAGAUCAGGAAAUACCAGAAGAGCACGGAGCUUCUCAUCCGCAAGCUUCCAUUUCAGAGGUUGGUGCGUGAAAUCGCCCAGGACUUCAAGACUGAUCUCCGCUUCCAGAGCUCUGCUGUCGCUGCUCUCCAGGAGGCUUCUGAAGCGUACCUGGUUGGGCUUUUUGAGGAUACUAAUCUCUGCGCCAUUCACGCCAAGAGGGUCACGAUUAUGCCAAAGGACAUUCAGCUCGCUCGCCGGAUCCGCGGCGAAAGAGCUUAAGUGCUUUUAGGCUUUAUAAUUGUAGCUUCAAGAUUUCGUUUGGGGUUUAUGCUUCAAUCGAUUAAGAAAUGCUUAUAUUAGAUUUCUCUUUUUUUCUCGUUCAAAGUAAGGGUUUUAAUGGGCAACGUUGUCUGUAUUAUGUAAGUUUCUUAUGAAGAUGCGAAUUAUUGCAAUUAUCUUAAUGAUUUCUGA